CCCGCCCCCCAGGCACGAGGGAGGGGGGCCAGGGCGCUGAUCCGCUCCUCCGCCGCAGACGCAGCAGCCGAGGAGAGAAGGAAGGAAGGAAGGAAGAGAAGAAGGAAGAGAAGAAAGAGGAGGAGAAGAAGGAGCCUUCCACCUCUUCCUCCCCCCGAAGCCCAGAUGGACCCCCGCGCCAUGGGGCCCCCGGAGCCACGGCUGCUGCUGCUGCUCUUCCUCUGCGGCCUGCUGCCCGCCUGGGCCAGGGCAGAUGAGCUGACGGUGUCCACGCCCUCGGGGCGGCUGCGUGGGGUGCGCGUGCCAGUGCUGGAGGGCCACGUCUCGGCCUUCCUGGGGGUGCCGUUUGCGGAGCCCCCCGUGGGCCGCCUGCGCUUCCGCCGCCCGGAGCCGGCCCGGCCCUGGAGCCACGUGCUGGACGCCUCGUCUUACCAGCAGGCCUGCUUCCAAGCGGUGGACAACACCUACCCGGGCUUCCACGGCACCGAGAUGUGGAACCCCAACCGCAACAUGAGCGAGGACUGCCUCUACCUGAACGUCUGGGUGCCGUCGCCGCGGCCCAAGAACGCCUCGGUGCUGGUCUGGAUCUACGGGGGCGGCUUCUACAGCGGCUCCUCCUCGCUGGACGUCUACGACGGGCGCUUCCUGACCUACACGGAGAAGGUGGUGCUGGUCUCCAUCAGCUACCGCGUGGGCGCCUUCGGCUUCCUGGCGCUGCUGGGCAGCCAGGAGGCGCCGGGCAACAUGGGCCUGCUGGACCAGCGCCUGGCCCUGCAGUGGGUCCAGAACAACGUCCAGUACUUUGGGGGCAACCCCAAGGCGGUGACCCUCUUUGGGGAGAGCGCCGGCGGGGCCUCGGUGGGCAUGCACCUGCUCUCGGCACAGAGCCGGUCGCUCUUCCGCCGCGCCAUCCUGCAGAGCGGGGCGCCCAACGGGCCCUGGGCCACCAUCACCCCGGCGGAGAGCCGGCGGCGGGCCACGGUGCUGGGCAAGCGGCUGGGCUGCCCCGUGGGCAACGACUCGGAGCUGGUGGGCUGCCUGCGGUCCAAGCGGCCGCAGGAGCUGGUGGACGAGGAGUGGGCGGUGCUGCCCUACAAGAGCGUCUUCCGCUUCGGCUUCGUGCCGGUGGUGGACGGGGACUUCUUCCCGGACACGCCGGAGGCCAUGCUGAGCGCGGGCAACUUCAAGGAGACGCAGGUGAUGCUGGGGGUGGUCAAGGAUGAGGGCACCUACUUCCUGAUCUACGGCGUGCCGGGCUUCAGCAAGGACAACGAGAGCCUGAUCAGCCGGGAGGACUUCCUGGAGGGCGUGCGCAUCGGCGUGCCGCACGCCAACGACAUCGCCACCGAGGCCGUGCUGCUGCAGUACACCGACUGGCGCGACCAGGACAACGGCGAGAAGAACCGCGAGGCCAUGGACGACAUCGUGGGCGACCACAACGUCAUCUGCCCCGCCAUGCACUUCGCCGCCCGCUACGCCGCCCGCGGCAACGCCGUCUUCGCCUACCUCUUUGACCACCGGGCCUCCAACCUCAUCUGGCCCCCUUGGAUGGGCGUCCCCCACGGGUACGAGAUCGAGUUCAUCUUCGGCCUGCCGCUCAACGACAGCCUCAACUACACCCAGGAGGAGAAGCAGCUCAGCCGCAGGAUGAUGCGCUACUGGGCCAACUUUGCCCGGACGGGGAACCCCUCCGACCCCUCGGAGAAGGACGCCCCGUGGCCCCCCUACUCGCCCUCCGCACAGGAGUACGUGACGCUCAACACGGGGCCCCUCCGCACCGAGCACAGCCUCCGGGCCCAGAUCUGCGCCUUCUGGAACCGCUUCCUGCCCAAGCUGCUCAACGUGACAGACAACAUCGAGGAGGCGGAGAGGCAGUGGAAGCUGGAGUUCCACCUCUGGAGCGCCUACAUGAUGCACUGGAAGAACCAGUUUGACCAUUACAACAAACAGGACCGCUGUUCGGAGCUGUGACCCGGAGCGAGAGACCAGCCGUCGCCCCUCAUGUGCCAUUUAUCCCCCCCCAAUAACCCCCCUUGCCCAAAUGUAG